AUGUUUGGCUCAUCCACGACUACCACUACGACCACCACCACAGCCCCAAAUCAAUCAUCGCCAGUGCCUCCACAAACUUCCUCUUCUACGUCUGUGGGAGCAGGAAACUCAAGCACUCAUCAGAUGCAGCCAUCAAGACCAAUGCACCAUCAUAGCAACAACUUUUACAUGGGAAAAGGAGGAGAGGAUAACUACUACCACAACCACCAACAUGCAUCAAGAAUCAACCCAGCUUAUAUUCGUCAUCCUGAAGAACCAUCGCAACAACAAUCAUCACAGCAACAACCCAUUCAUUAUACUAGUACAUACAAACCCACCAAAUCCAUUAAUCAAAACAAUAAUAUAGCCCAUCCACAACACAGCGAGCCAGACACAUUGAACAACUUGGCAAGGCCCUCGGUGCAUGUGUAUCCACAUCAACAACCGCAACAUAUAAAAAGUGAAGCCUCUCCCCGCACGUUGCCUGCUCCAACGCCACCACCUCCACCACCAUCCUCCUUUAUGAAAUCCAGAAAAGCAAUGGAAGAGCCUGACUGGUAUGAACGUGAAAACAAAUCACAUAGACCUUCUACUUCUAGCAGCACCACGCCUUCUCUCCUUCCCUCUUCCACUGCCAGCGCCACUACGACCACAACAACGCUAUCACACACAGCACCACCCAGUGGCGAGGUGAGUACUCUGGAAGCCGGCGACAAUAAAAAGAUCAAGCGACGAAAAGAAAUGACUGGCAUCAUGGAAGAUUUGAACAAGGAUUUUCUGAAAAAGAGAGAAAAGCUCCAUGUGGAGAAAUUGCAAGCGAUUAAUCAGGAAUUAAAAUCUGCUCAUCAAGAUACACAUCCAAGCUAUUUAGAUGGUUUAAAGGAUUUGGAGGCGAUGAGAAGAAAGACGAUCAAUGAUGGCGUUUUGUUUAGAAAAUAUCAAAAUGAAGUGACAGACAAUCAAUUCCAAUUAGAAAUAUACCAGGCUGAGGAGGAAUAUACAGCCGAAAUUCAGGACAUUCGAGAGAAACUUUUUGCUAGCUUGGAUGAAAAGAGGAGGAAAUUAAAGGAAGAGAAGGACAAUUGCGAUCUGGCUUAUGAUGUUAUACUGGAAUCCCAGUCUAGAUUGCAUAAACGAAAUUUGCGCAAGAGAGAAAAGGAACAUCCCGAGAACAAAUCCAGCAAAAAGAAGCAAUUGACUGGACCAGCACUUGUUUUCAAGCUGAAGGACGAUGAUAUUUUGUCUGAUAUUCAAGCUAUGCGAAAUGGUUUAUCAGCAUCCAACAACAGUAGCACUGCCAUCACUACAACCUCUGGCACACACAAAAAGACGAAUUCAUCCAAUAAGAAAAAGUAA